AUGGUAGCGAGCACCAAGACUUCAGGUGGAGCCCUGAGGACCAAGCCGCACAUCCUGGGCGGCAGCAACAACCUUGUGGCGGAGCGCAAUAGACGCGAGAAAGUGGAGGAAGCGCUGCAGACGACGCAGCAGAAUCUGCGCACAGUGGCGCAGGACUUGACGCCGCAGGUGCACAAGCUCGCACAGGCCGUGGAGGUGCGUCCGAUGGCACUUCAAUUGGAGAAGCGGCACCAACUGCAGCUGGACGAGGCGUCGCAGGAGCUGCUGGAGACUCUGCAGGAGCAGAUCAACGAGGUGGAAAAGCGACAACAACAGUGCUGCGUUGUGGACUGCCGCAUCGAAAACGCCGUCAAAGAGCUGGAUGAUCAGUCCACGGCAGAUCGAUUUGAGCUGCGAGAGCUGAUUAGCAGACUGCAGGAAGUACAAGACGAACAGGCGACGGAGAUUCGACUACUGCAUCAAGAGCUAGGCGCAUCGAAAACGUUUUUGGCCCAGAGGAUGAAUGCAAUUGAAGACGCAGUAACCAGCGUCCGAAGCGAAAUUGCUCGAGGCAGCGAGGAGCAGCACGCGAAUGUGCAGAGCCAUGCGGGAAAACUUGAUGAGUUGGAUGAGAAACUGUUCGCGCUGGACAAGGAGCUUCUCAAAGUGAAGUUGGCGCUUCCAGUGUCCGUGAAGGCACAGAUUCCUGCCUCGUUCACGGACCAACGCUCGGCUUCCAUAGCUACAGGGCGAGCAAGUCGAAUGGAUGUGACAUCGAUUGACGACCUGGCCGUCUCUUUUAGGAUCCAGGAACUAGCGGCGGAUCUUGAGGCAGUGAAAGCAGACUCGAUAGCAUAUCGAUCAGCGGACCGACAGCAGUUCGACGCAUUAACGAACCGCUUGCGUGAGGCAGCAAAGAGCCACCACGCAUUGAAAAAAGAGGUGGAAAUCCGUCUGCAAGACAUGCGGGCUUGCUACGACCAGGUUCGUGGGUGGAGCCAACAUGAAGAGUAA